UCCAAGAAUGACGCGAUGACGUCAGCGGAAGACUUUGGCAGAGUUCCUUUUCAACUUCGCCCCUCAUCUAAUUUUUGUAGUGGUGAUGUUUGUGCUGUCGGAGAAGUGACAAUGCCUGUCCAGAGUUUACCAGUUCGUGACGCACCCCUCCAUUUUCGUUUACUCCAGCAAUAUCUGCUUCUGCUGAAGAAAUACCCCAUUCUGACGAAGUCUGUAACGAGUGGCAUCCUCUCAGCUUUAGGAAAUCUUCUAUCUCAGAUUGUGGAGGCAAGAAAAAAGGUCAAAAAUGGAGGCUCAGCCAGUGAGAUUGAUGCAGCUGGAGCUGCACGAUAUGCCAUUUAUGGGUUAUUAAUUACAGGACCGGUGAGCCAUUACUUUUACCAGCUGAUGGAGGUGUGGAUGCCCAGCACAGACCCAUACUGUUUAGUCAAACGUCUACUGUUGGAUCGGCUUUUUUUUGCUCCUGGCUUUCUGCUGAUUUUCUACUUUGUUAUGAACAUCCUGGAGGCUAAAGGGUGGGAGGACUUUGAAAAGAAGAUGAGAAGAAGUUACUGGACUGCUCUGAAGAUGAACUGGAAAGUUUGGACUCCUUUCCAGUUCAUCAAUAUCAACUUUGUGCCUGUUCAGUUCCGAGUGCUCUUUGCCAACGUGAUCGCCUUAUUUUGGUACGCCUACCUUGCAUCAGUGAGGAAAUGAAGCCUCCAGGAUUUCUUCACAAGAAGCAAUGCAGAGGGAAAGGUCUUUUCUGGCUUGUGAAUGCCAGAGAACUGAGAUCAUGCAAACUGUUACCAAUCUGGACAAUAAUUUUCAUACUCAGUAGCUUCUCUGAUUUACUUUAACCAAACCUGUUCAAUAAGUUUUAAUGUGCUGCUUUUAUAUUGUGGAUACAUGACUGUGUUUUAAUAACAGAACUGAAUAAAUGUACUUUAUAAUUAA